GAUUCCCCUUGGAGGAAAUGUAGGCACAGACGCGCGGGGCUCCUCGUUCGCCCGUAUCCGCCGUUUAGGAGCAAUCUAGUUUAAUUCUUUAGGCAAUAAUAACGACCACACGACGUCAGAAUGAAAGUCUCCAGCAUUGACUGUCGGCGUCUGAGGAAGAUCAUCAGGAAGGAGUGUGGGAGCUGUCUUAUUGUGGACUGCCGACCGUAUUUCUCAUUUACGAACUCCAACAUCAAAGGCUCAGUCAAUGUCAAUCUCAACUCGGUGGUGGUCCGGAGGUCCCGAGGGGGACCGGUGCCGCUGCAGUUUGUCAUCCCGGACGAGAAAGCCCUGUUUCGGCUUCGCGAGGGGAGCAUAUCAGCGAUCGUAGCUCUGGAUGACCGGACGUCCCACUGGCAAAAGCUGAAAAAGGACAGCGUAGCACAAAUAGUAAUAAACAGCCUCUCACAUCUAGCGUGCGGGGCGAACAUCUGUUUCCUGAAAGGAGGAUACGAGAACUUCCACUCUCAAUACCCUGAACUUUGCACUGAGGUGAAAACCAUUGACCAGAGCGGAACUGAAACUGAGAAAAGACUCAACAGCCACAGUGAGAAGCUUUCUCACCACAAACCAGAUUACGAUCAGGGUAAACCCGUAGAGAUCCUGCCUUUCCUCUACCUCGGCAGUGCCUACCAUGCCUCCAGACAGGACUAUCUCAGUGACCUUCACGUCACGGCCUUGCUCAAUGUGUCACGCAGGGAUCUGCAGCCGGCUAAGGGUCACUACGACUACAAGUGGAUACCAGUGGAAGACAGCCACAUGGCUGACAUCAGCUCACACUUCCAGGAAGCCAUAGAGUUCAUCGACUUUGUGAAACAAUCUGGGGGAAAGGUGCUGGUCCACUGCGAAGCAGGCAUCUCACGCUCACCCACCAUCUGCAUGGCCUACAUCAUGAGGACACAGCAGCUGCGGCUGGACGAAGCCUUUGACAUCAUCAAGCAGCGCCGGGCCAUCAUCUCGCCCAACUUUAGCUUCAUGGGUCAGCUUCUUCAGUUUGAGUCGGAGGUGCUGUCCAUGGCCCCAGCUCAUGCCGGCACACCUGAGCCAGCCACACCCUGUGCCCCGGAGUCGGCCUCCUUCUUUGCCAAUGAUUUCACCUUCAACACCAAAAACUUUGAGCCGUCCGUGUUCACCCUCCCUACCUCUUGCCUGCAGUCCCCAGUCCACCACCAGUUCAAACUGAGCCCAAUAACUGCACUGCCUUAAAAAUAAUGGAGACUGCUUGUAUUCUUACUUGAAAAGAUAAAAAAAACAAUGCUCGCAGUGUGCCUGGUGUUGGAACCAGCAAAGAAGAGAGACUGGAGAUCAGCAGCAGCAACAGAGAAGAGAACAUAUUAGUAGUUAUAUGUAAUGGGAGCUGGAAGCCCGUGACAUCUACGGGCUUCAUACAUUUAUACCGUUUUCCUGUCUUCUGAACUGCAGCGAUAAAACAACACAGCACAGUGAUAAACUGCAAUAUUUACAGUAUGCCUUAGGUUGAUAUUGUGAUUUAUUUGCCUGAACAAUCAGGCAUUUUAAUCUAACUUAUUGAAGAAGUAUGUCAUUUUUUCCAAUAAUGUGGAUGUAAAUAUGUGUUUAAUAAAUGUUUUCAUCACAAAAUAAA